GGCAACAUUGUCAUCAAACAUGAAUGACACAUUUUUCUCAUCUUUAUCGUGUCUCUGUACUGUGUAAACUGAAUAAAAAUUCGAUAAUGGUGGACCGCUUAGUAAAUAGUGAAGCCAAUGCUAGAAGAAUCGCUAUGGUGGAAAACUGCUUCGGCAGUUCGGGACAGCCAUUAGCAGAACAAGGCCGUGUGCUUGUAGGUGAAGGUGUCCUAACAAAAAUGUGCCGGAAAAAGCCCAAAGCUCGUCAGUUUUUCCUAUUCAAUGACAUACUUGUAUAUGGCAACAUAGUAAUAAACAAAAAGAAGUAUAACAAACAACAUGUUAUACCUCUGGAGGAAGUCAAAUUGGAAUCACUAAAAGAUGAAGGGCAAUAUCGCAAUGGCUGGCUGAUCCGGACUGCAUCUAAAUCUUUUGCUGUGUACGCUGCCACGGCAACAGAAAAAGAAGAAUGGAUGGCCCACAUAGAGAAAUGUAUAGAGGACUUGCUAAGAAAGAGUGGGAAACAACCACCAUCAGAACACGCAGCAGUGUGGGUGCCAGACAACGAAGCCGCCAUUUGCAUGCACUGCAAAAAGACACAGUUCACUGUUCUUAACAGAAGGCAUCACUGUCGCAAAUGUGGCUCGGUCGUGUGCGGGCCGUGCUCGUCCAAGCGGUACGUGCUGCGCGGGCAGAGCGAGAAGCCGCUCCGCGUGUGUCUGCAGUGCUACGACGAGCUCACCCGCGACCGCGCGCGCCCCGCGCAGCCGCCCGCGCCCAUGAAAGCUGAGAUCACGGGUGCAGGUUCCGGCGGCGACUCGUCGGGAGACGACGACAGUGACGACGACGACGACCGAGUGCAGCCCGACCAGAAACAUGACGAGGGUUUUACAAGUUAUAACGGUGUGAAAAACGGAUUCGGAAAUAAAGUCACGACAGUAUAGUACAUGUUGAUAUUGUCCAAAGUUCUACAGUGACGGUGAAAAGACUGAAGAAACUAAUAACCAUUCGUCCAAGGAUACCAAGUAAAGCAAUAAGCAACAAUGUCCCAGUACAGGAUAUGUAAUUUACAUAAAUUAUUAUAAUUUUACACUUUAGUAAUAAUAUUGCCGUGGGCUACGUCGUUAUGAUAAUGCAACCCAAAAGCUUCAUUCUAAUAUACACAGAAUUAAUUAAAUUAAUAGAAAUAACAGAUAAUAUAAAAUAUAAUCAUAUCAGCUACAGAUUAUAUUACUGUCUGUCAAUAUACAGAAGAAAAAAAAUGGUUUUUAUUAAGGAUAAUGAUUUAUUGAAUAGAUCAUAUAAUAUAGUAUUAUUUGGUAAAAAAUAUGAAAAAGACAGAGGAUAUAAUAAAAGUUAUUUAUCUUAUAUGAUUUGGUCGGUAUGUAGAAGUGUUUGUGGUAAGUUUUUUUAAAGUAAAUUUAUGUGGUUAUUUUUAAUAAACUAUGUAUUAAUAAUAACAUCGUAGUGUCUAUUAGUGUAUGUGAUAUCAUCACCGAAAUGAACACCGAGAUGGCCUUCUACUUUAACAUUAGAUAAAAUUUUCUAUGUAUUUUAUAAAUCCAGUGAGUUCAACCGAUAUAAUAUAUUUUUAUAUAAAAAACCAUUUCAAUAACAUUUUUUCUAGAUGUAAAUAUAAAAUGCUAAACAGCUUUAAAACGCUCAAAUAUACUCUGAACGGGCAUCGUUUUUAAUUUAAUUCAUAUUAUUUAUUUACUUUAUGUUUACACUUGUGAGUUUCGCUCAUAAAACUAUGUUAUUAAUAUAUAUUAAAGCAUAGUUAUGUUAUAAUGUUGAACACCUUUACAACUUAAUUUUGAAAUGAAAACUUACAUAAAGUAAGUUAUUAUUGUAAUCUCAUAAUAUAUCGAGGCAAUCAGGUAAAUAAAUUUGUUAGAUUUGAAGCAAUUUUAUAUCAGGGUCAACAAAUUGGUAAGUAUGAAUAUCAUAUGAAACUCGUAGGUUUUUCCAAUGACUAGUUACUGUGUUGAAUUUUUCAAUAUUCAGGGAUAUUAGACAUAAUAUCACAAUAAAAAAUAAUUAAAAUUUAUAUAAAUCUUUACAAGCAUUUAUCUAACUUAAUUUAAGUGUGUGUGUCAACCUUAAAUUUAAAUCAGUUGCACUGACUGAUUGAGCUGAAAUUUUACAUACACCUCUUGGUAUACUAUACUAAUAUUCAUUUAUUUUAAUGCAUGAACAACUAUUUUUUUUGGAUAAUUUUGAAACUAAAAUUAGUCACUACAAUUUGUUUGAUUUCAUUUUAUGACAUGUGGAAUUAAACGGUUUGGCUAUCUAUCUAUUCUAUUGAUAAUAAUAAAAUCGAAACAACACAAGUGUAAACAUUACCAAUCAUGGUUCUAACACAUUUACAUUGCUGAGCUUAGACAAACACAUUCGAUUCGAGUCAAAGCGAUUUCGAUCGAUCUUCUAUCAACUUUGAUAACGUCCAAUCAAAUACUUAUGACAUAUACAUUUUGGUGUUACAAGCGAAUACGUCAAUCGAUGUGCAAGUUGUCUAGGUCCGGUGGUUAGGCUUAGUCAUUUAUGUCAAUACAUAUUUAAUACUUUACAUGAGUUAGCCUAUUAUAUUAUAAACUUUUAAAUAUAGUUCAUAUUUUGCUAUUACGAUUGUUGAAUUUUAUUAUAUGGUUUACAUAAUGUAUGUAGUUUAAAUUGCAUUCAUUUAUAAAUCGUUUAUGUAAUAUUUUGUAUGUAUAUUAGGAAAAAUAGUAAGUAAGAGGUGCAUUGAUUAUAUUAUGUAUAUUGUUUCGUAUGAAACCGUUACAUUUUUAAUUUAAGGUAUUUUUUCAUAUUAGAUAUAGUUUGUUUGAAAAAAUUUGUUCGCAAAAAUUCUAAAAUAAGGUCACGGUUUAAUUAUUUAUAAUCAUAACAUAGGCCUAAAAUGUUAACACGUCGAGAGCGUACUGUUACUGUUAUUUUUCGAAAAACUAAGCGAAAGAUAACAUUAUUGUUUAAUAUUCGGUUGACAAAUAUACAAUAAUAUUUUUUA